AUGGGUUGCACUGUUAGAGACAAGCACAUCCGUACUAAUCGGAGGCCUCGUCCUCUGAAACCCGAUUCUGAUGCAAUGGAUAAAGCUUUGGCCAACAAAUCUAGUUUAAACCCAUUGAAUUUCCAAUUGGGUUUUAAUGAUUCAGCUCAAAUUCCCAAUUCAAACCCUAAUUUUGAUGACAGUGGUUGGGGUUACUGUACGGAAGAACAGUUGGAAGAAAUUUUGUUGAAAAAUUUGGAGUUUUUGUAUAAUGAGGCUAUCGUUAAGCUUGUUGCAUUAGGCUAUGAUGAGGAAGUUGCUUUAAAGGCUAUACUGAGGAAUGGACAUUGUUAUGGUGGAAUGGAUGUGUUGACUAACAUCUUACAUAAUUCUCUGGCUUUUUUAAACUGUGGGUCUAGCGGGAAUGAAGGAGAUGCAGAUGAAAGUGAACAGGUGUUUGCUGAUUUGAGGCAAUUGGAAGAGUAUUCGCUGGCUGGUAUGGUGUGUUUGUUGCAGCAGAUUAAACCACACUUAAGUAAAGGGGAUGCCAUGUGGUGUUUACUUAUGAAUGAUCUUCACGUGGGUCGUGCUAGCGUGAUGGAAAUUCCUAUUGCCUCAAAUGCUAAUGGGGAUGGAUAUAGCAACAGUGAGUCUAGUGGUCCAGUUGUGAACAAUGUGGAGAAGGUGAAUAAUGAUUCGGUCGGGGUGACUCCUGCAUUGUGUAGGUUUCAUGGCGGGUGGGGUUUUGGAAAUGGGGGGACCUCUGAUUUCCCAGUAAACCGAUUUCUCUCGUAUGCUGCUUCAGAAAUGAGUUUGCAAAGGGAGAUUGAGUGUCCAAAGAGGUUCAAUCUUACUCCUUCGAUGAAGAUGCUUUUGAAAAGGAAUGUAGCCAUGUUCGCUGCAGGUUACAGAGCAACUGCAAAAGAUUUGCAAGUUCAGUCUCGGGUUGGUUCGAGCACUUUGUCCAUUGGACAUCCAUCAAAUGCAGUUGAAGCAAGUUGUGAAGUGCCUCCUCCUCCUGAGAAAACCGAGGAGAAACAGAGCGAGAAGAACCAAGAAGUGGUUAAUAUGAUGUUGAAUAAAUUUCGUGACAUGAACCUUGAAGGAGAUAUGGAAUAUGUACCCGAGGAUCAAAAGGAUGAGAUGAUUUUGAGUUUAAUGCAUCAAAUUAGAGAUCUUGAGAGACAGGUGAAAGAAAGGAAGGAAUGGGCACAUCAGAAGGCGAUGCAAGCAGCAAGAAAGCUGAGUCAUGAUCUUACUGAAUUGAAAAUGUUGAGGAUGGAAAGGGAGGAGACCCAACGUCUGAAGCAGGGGAAGCCAACUGCUGAAGACCCCACCAUGAAGAGGCUUUCAGAGAUGGAGAGUGCUUUGAGGAAAGCAAGUGGCCAAGUGGAUCGUGCAAAUGCAGCUGUUAGACGUCUUGAAACGGAGAACGCUGAAAUCAGAGCAGAGAUGGAGGCUUCAAAAUUAAGUGCUUCGGAGUCUGUUAAUACGUGUUUGGAGGUUGCCAGGAGGGAGAAGAAGUACCUCAAGAGGCUAUUGGCUUGGGAAAAACAGAGAGCCAAGCUGCAGGAUGAUAUUGCUGCUGAGAAGCGGAGGAUCAUAGAGUUGCAAGAAGAGAUGCUUCAAGUUGAGGCAGCAAAAAAGGCGGCUGAGACAAAGUGGAGGCAGGAGCAGAAAGCUAAAGAGCAUGCUCUUGCACAAGUCGAGGAAGAAAGGCGACUCAAAGAAGCAUCAGAAUCCAACAACAAAAGAAAGCAUGAGGCAUUACGCUCAAAAAUAGAACUGGAUUUCCAGCGACACAAAGACGAUCUUCAAAGACUCGAACAGGAACUCUCCCGCCUCAAACUGUCAACCAACUUCGAUCAGAAUUCAACUAAUCCCUCAGCAGCCGAAAUCCCCAAUGGGUCCCAUCCUCAAGGUCCAACCAUCGCAAAACUGCUCCAUGAACUUGACGAUCUUGAUGAGAAAGAAGCUGGCAUUGAUCGCGAAUGCAUAAUUUGCUUGAAAGAUGAAGUUUCGGUUGUUUUCUUGCCGUGUGCCCAUCAAGUUCUUUGUGCUAGUUGCAACGAUGAGUAUGGGACAAAGGGAAAGGCGACAUGUUUAAUAUGUCGGGUUCCAAUUGAACAGAGGAUUCGUGUUUUUGGGGCGAGUUCUUAAUCUGGAAAUCGUAAUCAAAAGGUGGAGUAUUUUGGUAAGCUUGUGAUUGGUAUUUUGUUGUCUUUGAUAAUCAAAUGUGUUGUUCGAUGAAGCUGUGGUUAAAAGUAGCAGCAUUGCAUUACUGAAUGUUUAUAAAUAAGCCGCAAAGCCUGUGUGCAUUUUACAUGAUGAAAUUUUUUAAUGUGGUUUUGAGUGCUUUUAU